AUGACGGAUUUCCGUUGUAAUUGUUGUCCAUAUGGUUACCAUUUAGACACCGAUUUUAUGAAAUUCUUAGAUGAUAUGUAUGGACCAGAUGUACUUCGAACAUUAAAAAAAAUUGAAAGAAAACGUCAUGAUGUACGUCGACGUUUAAUUAACGGACAACAACCCAUUCAGAAUCUACAUACUCGACCACCAAUUCCACCUAACCAUUAUCAACAACAACAUCGUUCCACAUCGUACGAACGGGUAUUUGAUCAAGAACUGUUACGUGAAACAUUACUCGAGUUAGAUCGAAUUGUUGAAAAAGAUAUUAAAGAAUUAGAAGCACAAUGUCGACAUAAACAACAUUCAUCAGGUCGAUGCACACCGAACAGCCUGUAUGGUACAGAAGGACGACAACAACAAUCUUCCUCAUCACAUAAUCGUUCACGAUCAGUUGAUUCAAGAUAUCCACGUCGACAGCAUGUCACACGACUUACUAAUCCACCGCAACAUACGUUAUCGACGCAUAAUGUUUAUGAUCGAGCACGAACAGAAGAAGAACAUCGAUUGUACGAACAUAGAAUGCAAAUGGAAAAAACUAUUACUACGCGAACAUUAUCGACGCCUGGUUUAUCGACGUAUCACGAUGAUCAUAUAAAAAAAUUUGAUGUCAUUAAUACAUCAGCGGGUCCAAUUACUAUGUUAUAUAAAAUACCACCACCACCGUUUUCUCGUUCGUCUAGUUCGAGUUCUCUGUCGACAGAAACGACGUUACGAGUCUCGAGUCCCGAACCUGAGGAGCAUCGAGAACCGUUGAAACCAUUGUACAUAACUGAAGUAAUCGUGCCACCAAAACCGAUUCGUUUAGAACCUGUUCAACAAACCACCAUCAUCACCAUUCCGGAUAAAUCAGAAAUUGAAAGACGAAAUCGUGAAAUUGAUCGUUUAGAACACGAACGUUAUACAUUGUUGAAAGAAAAAAAUCUAUUAUUAAAAGAAAUUGAACGUUAUAAAUAUAAACCACCGGCGAAAACAGUUUCUACUACUAGUCACGAUAAUAAAAAGUAUACAUUAUCAAUAGAUGUUAAAUCUCCUGACAUGAUGAGUACACGUGAUGCAUCUAUUAAUGUUGAAGGUGGAGAUUUAUCAGAAUCAGAAGAACAUUUACAUCGUGUAGAAACACGUUUAGAAGAAAUUAUUCAACAACAAAAAUUACAUCAAAAACCGGCAACGAGAGAGGUGGCCAUGAUGCAUGUCGUCGAAGAACCAAAAGAAGUUUAUCUCAUAGAUCAUCCACCACCAUUACCACCAAAACAAUAUCAGCAACAACGAGAUGUGGCAAUCAGUCACAUUACAGAAGAAUACGAUUUUGGCGACGAUAAUGAAGAUGAACAAACAGAUAUUAUUAAACGAAAAUUGGAAGAUAUUAAAAAUUACUAUACCGAAAGAAUUCAUAUACUUGAAGAUAAAAUCUAUGAACAAGAACAAGAAAUCGAACAUUUAACUGAACCAAAAUCACAGAGACAUGUUAGCAUGCAAUGUCAACCAUUGAUGACAGAUAGAGCACUUGUUACAGACACAUUUCGUUCAGUUCGUGACGUUGCGUUAACAUGUCAUUUGCUAGACGAUGUUAAGGAUGAAAUUGUGCAUAAACGAGACGUAAAUCUUCAGUGUAAUCUGAAUGAUUUUAUCCAUCAACGUGAUGUUUGGAUUGAAGUCAAGGAACAAGAAGAGAAAAAACCCACUGUUCGAGAUGUAUCUAUUGGUGUGCAACUGAAUCUUCAACCAGAUAUCCACUAUCGAGAUGUAGCCACACAUGUCAAUUUCGAUUAUAAACCGGAAAUAAUACAACGAGAUGUCGCAGUUAUGAUACAACCAGAAAAAAAGUUGAUGAAUGAUAAAUCAUCGAAUACUCAACAAAUUCAAACAAAAGAAUUUGGUUCUUUUGCCAAUACCAUCGAACCUCCAAAACCACCACCAAAACCUUCGAUGAGGCCAGCUGCUACAGAUACUCGUACAUUGAUCUCGUACAAAGAUAUCGCUACGGGACCAUCUGAUACGAAACGAUGGUAUGAUCGUUCGACCGAUACUCUAACACUCUUACAACAACGAGAACAAGCCACUGGGAACGAUAUACCGGCUGUAUUGUUAAAUAGAACUGUUGCCACAGAUACACGAACGUUGGUGUCAACACGCGAUAAUUUUUCAACAACAACACUGUCAAAAGAUAUUUUUAAGGAUAUUGGAUGCGAUACAAAAUCACUGACUCAAUAUCAUGAUACAUCUGUGAAUACAAACAGACUAGAACAACAGAAUGCAAGUGUACAAUGUAUUCCAGAUGUUUACCCGGUGAAACAAGCUCAAACAAAUACUGAAUUAGAUAUAUUUUAUCAAUUAGGUCACUAUCGCCAUGCUCUUUCCAACACUGACCUAAAACGUUCGACUGAUCGUAGUACACUAACGGACCUUCGCCCAUCAAGAGAUUUGGGUAUUAACACUGAACCAAAAAUCAUGUAUUCAAAAGAUGUAGGUGAUUUUGAUGUAAGAGUCAAAGAAAACGAGCAAGAAAGUCGUUAUACCGAAGAGAUUACAUGGAACAAAUUAGUAGGUGCGGAACCCCUUCGACGUUCAUUACACGAUUUAUCGUCACGAACAUUUGGUACACAAUCGGAUACGCAGCGAACAUCUGACAGGUCAUUAAUGACCGAUUUGUAUGAUACAAAACGUGACGUCGGCUACACUGAAUAUGUAAGACGAACAAGUCCAGCAUCGUCUGAAGACACUGUGCAAGAACAGCGACAAGAAAUCAUCACAUUUAGAAUACCAGGAAAGGAUCAUUUGUAUUUUGUUGAAGAGCCACCGGUACCCAGAGAAGAUUUAACAGAAGAAACAUAUGAACAGAUUUCGACAACAACAACGGAAACGAGAAGAAGACAAAUCGAAGAAAUGAUGACUAAACAAAAACAACUACAAAGACAAGAUGAAGAAACUCGACGACUAAAAACACAAACUCAGGGUGAUACAAGAAAAUAUGAACCAGGAAUGACAAUCGUUUCAUCUGAAUAUAGUGAAUGGAGUAGACCAUUCGGUAUUUCAACAACUUCAACCACCACAUCUUCCUCCAAGCAACAGCAAACAUCCGAGAGAAGAUCAAAUUCACCAGAAGAUUUAGUUGAAGAAUCCUAUGAAGUUGUACAAACCAUAACGAAACCACCAACGGAUUUCAAAACAACAUCUGCUUUUUCUCCUUUUGGAAUUCAAAGUGGUUCACAUUAUACAACAGUAGAUACGGAUACAGUUAACAGAAGUCGAACGGUCAAUAGUGCGCUGAUAAAAACGCGUGGACAAGACAUAAAACCAGUAUCAAGUGAAGAUGAUAGUUCAUUUUAUGAAGAAUGGACUGUAACAGAAGCAAAACGAAAACAAGAUGGACAAACCGUUAAAACAAUCAUCGACAGGGGUGGACAUCAUCGUUAUACCGUUGACGCCGAAGAACAAUCUCAACAAGGAAUAUUGAGAGCGAGCAGUUCUAGUGACGAAAAAUCUCGAAAACGUUUGGGAGAGAGUUCAGUCACAUUUAUUGAAACAGGAGAUGAACAGUAUACCGGUGAGUCGUCGAGCCAUCGUGGUGGUUUCCAAGUGAAGGGACAAGUUGAGGAAUCUCAAACAAGUCCCACAAUGACCUACACAGUUAAAGACUAUGAAUCACGAAAAACCUUUGGUGGCGGUAGUUCGACUCUGACAUCUUCAAACACGUCAGGAUUUCGUACACUUGACGCGUCGGCGUCGACUACGCCCUAUUCGCCCGAGAAAGAAGAUGAAAUUGAAGAGAAAUAUGAAGUGAUCAUUUCAUCGUAUGACGAAAGUGGAAUUAAAGAAAUAUCACCAAAAAGAGAAGACUAUGGAACACCAGAAGAAGACGAUGACAAUCAUCAAAGUUCGAAUAGAGAACAUGAACAGCAACACCAACGACAACAAUCGACUAUCAUGAGUUCGAGUGGAGGUACUGAACAAAUGAUAUCAUCAUCAUCAGCAUCUUCGAGAACAGAAGCUGCUAAUGUCCAAAUGGAAUCUGAAGGUCACGAAGAAUUUGAAUUAGACGAAGAAAUGUACAUAGCAUGCGUUAUUGUUAAUGAAUCGUUAUACGACAAAAAUGCUGAUAAAAAAAAAGUGCAAAAUUGUCUGAAAUUAAUUCAACAAGAUUGGUUUCGAGUAUCAAGUCAAAAACAAGCGAACGUACAAUUAGUGGAAAAUUAUUUGAAUAGUUUUAAGAAACAUUUUUCAAAUUUUUUAUUAGAACGUAUUGUUAAUAUGCAAGAUGCAAAUGGUAAUACAGCAUUACACUAUUGUGUAACGAACGGUAAUUGGGCUGUUGUAAAUUUACUACUUGAUACAAAAGUAUGUGAUGUUUGUCUGCAGAAUAAUGCUGGUUACACAGCUGUUAUGAUGGCUGCUGUAAUUAGAAUUGAUAGUGAGGAUCAACGAAAUACAGUAAGACGAUUAUUUAAAGAAUCUGGAAAUGUUAAUGUUAAAACAACAUUGAGUAAUCAAACAGCAUUAAUGUUAGCUGUUAAACAUGAUAAGCCGGAUGUAGUUGAAUUAUUAUUAGAAAAUUCGGCAGCUGUUAAUCUACAAGAUUCUGAUGGUAGUACAGCAUUAAUGUGUGCCGUUGAACAUGAAUUAUUUGAAAUUGUCAAAUUAUUGUUGACGAGACCGGAAUGUGACGUAAACAUUGCCGAUAAUGAUGGUGCAACGGCAAUUAGUAUAGCAACAUCUAAAAAUCGUAAAGAUAUUUUAGUUGCUCUAUACGCUCAAAUAAAAGAACAAAAAGGACAUCAUUCGGCAUUAGGUAAAUCUCGUACAAUGAGAUUUGAACCACACGAUAACAGCAAGAAGCCUCCGGGAAAUAAUUCAAAGCGAGGUAGUGGUGGUGGAAAUAGUGAAAGUUCGACGACGAGUGGACCUACAAUAUCAACAUUUCGUCGUCAUUAA